AUGGACGCCGAGGCAUCGACCUCUGUCGCCGCGCUGCAGGCUUCAGACGCAGACAUGACGAUUGACUACGGCGGUGGCGAGCAGCCCAUGGCCGCAGGAGGAGGUGGGGACGCCGAGAUGAACGAUGAGGGGACCACGGUUGACGAGGCAGAGAUGCGCGACGACGAGGCGCACCACGAGGCGGACGCGACGUUCAUGACGGCUUACGAGGGUGACCCUGAAGUCCUUGCAGACGACGACGAGACGCUCCCGACCUCGUCUGCGCCCGUCACGUCCUUCGCCUCCACUUCCGCACCCUUCGAAGCCUUUUCCGCCGCGCCCGUCUUUUCUCCUACACCAGUAAUCGCGUCAGAACCCUUGACGACGCACAUCGAACUCGACAACCCGAGCGAGACGCUUUUCCAGCCGCCCUCGGCGUCCACUGCCCCCGAAGUCCCCAUCCCGAUUCCUUCAGAGACGAUCUUGACUCCCGCUCCCCUCGCUUCUGCGCCCAUCGAGACAGACGUUGCUAUCGUCGAGACGGCAGCGCCCGUGCUCGCGCCGUCAGUCGGAGACAGCGGAUCCGCCGCACGCGACCUAGAACCGACCGAGGCGACCGGUACGUCGACCGACGUCGGGGCCAUCGAGGCGACCUCUGCGGGCGCGCAGCUUGACGUCGUCGAGUUGUCGGAGACGACGCAUGUCGACGAAACCUCGCCGUCUGCCGAAAUUGGCGGUGCGACGAUCGCGGAGCCGAAGACGUCAAUGCCAGAGUCCGGCGUCAAUCUUGCGGAAGUCGAGACGGGUGCGAACGGCAUUGACGGAGGCUCAAACGAGCACUCACUCCGACCGCUCGUCGACAAAGACCCGCUUCUCUCAAUCGAGGUCCCGACUCUCCCGUCGACUUCAGCUUUGCGCGAUGUGCCCGUCGUCUACCUCACGCACGACUCGACGACCUGGACGCUCUUCCACCCUUCUCGUGAUAUCGGCUCGACAAGCGAAGAUGCCGGAACCGAGACGGAAGAAGGAGAGGAAGACUUGCCGCUCUUGUUCGGCGAUGCGGCGCGACACGAGCUGUACUACAAGCCGCUCGAGACGCUCUUCCGCGUCGUGAGGGAGGAGAUUGAGGAGUUGCGCGACCAAGGCGACGAGCUCGUCGUCGAGUUUGACGAAAUCGGUAUCUCGCUUAGCGAGGACAACAUCUACUCUCGCCAAGUGACCCUCUUCGACUUCGACCGCAUCCACACAGGCUGCCAAAUCCCGGGCCGCCUUCACGCGCGCAUCUACGCCCAACCGUGCUUCGCGACAGGCUUUAACGCCCUCGCUGAGCACAUCGCGCGGAUCGCGAGUGGUGCGAGUGAGGAGGGCGAGGGAGAGGAGGAGCUGGAGGAGGGGGAGGAGAGCGUGACGCUUGUUGCGGAGGAGGGGAGCGAGGGCGAGUUUCGUGAGGAGGGAGAGGAGGAGGAGGAAGGUGUCGCGGACGAUCAUGACGGUCCUGACUCGGAGUUGCCGCAAGUCGGAGAGGACGAAGGCGAAAAGGCGGUCGAGACGCAAGGAGGACAGGGUGAGGGCGAAGGAGGCGAUGACGACUUUGACCUCGACCAGGCGCUUGCACAACUCGAUGGCGACGACGUCGUUGCUGUCGUCGAGGUUGCGCAAGAGGAUCUUCUGUUGGAGCAGCAGCAGCAAGGAGGAGAAGCCGAGGCGCGAGAAGAGGGUGAGGAGCAGGAACCAUCGGCGGAGGCGGAAGCGAACGAGGAACGAGCAGAGGAGCAGGUUGAGGAGGUUGUCGAGGUAGCGGAGGGCGAAGAGGCCGGGGCAGAUGCGCGAGAGGAGGAAAGGACGCUCGAAGUUGGUGAGGAGGGGGAAGUUCCCGAGACGGAGGAUGUGGUCGCCGGGUCUGGCGAACCGGCUUCGACCGAAAUGCCGGCUGAAUCGACCGUCGACACCGUCGAGGCGACUCAGACGGAUGCCGGAUCCGCUAAGUCGCACCCUGCCAACGAGGGUGCAGAGUCGACGAUCGUUGCCGAGACUCUCGACAACAUCGCGCCUACCGAGACGAACGGCACGCACGACGACGAAUCGACGCCGACUGCCGACGCUCCUGCUGCGGGUGAGCCCGCCGAGACUGCUUCCGAAGAUGCUGUCAACAACGCUACUGUCGAAUCUGUCGGGGCCAACGGUACUCUCUCGGCUGCUGCCGAGGAGACUGAAGAACCGACUGAGCAGACCGAUGUCGUGAUUGACUACGACGAGGCUUUCGACGCUUCCGCCGCUCCCGCUACGGCGGGCGAGAACGGCGUCGAAGUUACAAGCGAAAUUGCUACGGUGACGAGCGAGGAAAUGCCGGCGCCGACGAGCCCGAAACGGAGCCGGAAGUUCGAGCAUGAGGAAGGGCUGGAGGGGGCGGAUGACCAGGCGUCGAAUGAAGCCAAACGGCCGCGUCUUGCCGAGUCCGUCGCCGUCUCUUCAGCCUGA